GAUGCGCCCACAAAAUAGUAAAAUUUACAAACAAUUUCAAUUAAUUGACGAAAUGGGAAAAUUGAAGAGAAAGAAGCAGAGACUCCAUGUGUCAGCUGUACGACAAAGUCCACUGAAGGGGUCCACGACACCAGUUCAGUCACCACCAGAAGAGCAGGACACUAAUGAAGUCAGUACUGUUAAUGUUACACGAAGCAGCAACUUGUUUUCCGGUUUGAACAUCGAUCCACAACUUCUCUCGAAGAAGCUGCCAGCCGAUUUCGACAUGCGCAGCACGAUCACCAACAAAUCUCUGAAGGGUCUCAACCUGAAGAAGAAGGAGAGGAAGAAGAUCAAACAUGACACGUGGAUGCACAAAAUCAACAGUAUUCAGGUGGCUAAAAAACAAGAAAAGGAGAAGAAACGGAGACAGAAAACUGUUAUUGUAGGUGACAUGUCAGUCAUUGAAGAUGCGCUGCCAACACUGGAGCUCUUGAUGAAAGGGUCGGAUUCAAAAACAGAUAAAAGUGACAAAGUGACAAAGGUUCGUGGCAUUGCAAAGGAAAAGACACGCCAGAAACAAAUGUUGAAGGACAUAUCUAUGUUCCAGGAAGUUCUCGAACAUCCAGCGUUCAAGGAGAACCCGACUGCCACGAUCGCUGAACACUUGAGAAAUAAACUCAAACAGGAAGAAGAAAUGGAUACGUGAUGCGCAGAAUAGGGCCUCCAUGAGUACAAAAUAUUGUACUCGAGGGUCAAACUCAAUCUGGACCCAAGUACCAAUGAUUACACUUGAUGAUAAUGAGACUAAGGAAUAAAGUAAAAUAGCAUUAGGCAUCUUAAUUCCACUGCUGAACAUGGAUGUCAAAUCAUGCCAUUAUAAUACUGCAUUCCAAACAUUCAACUUUUGUUUUCCCUUCAUGUCUCAUAGCUCUAUAAUGUAACUGACGGCAAGCAUACGUGUAUAUGGCAAAAUGAUGUAAAACAAAAUAUAAUUAAAUGAAAGUACUCUUCCUUGGACAGGUACUCGAGUCCUGUGAAUGGAUUUGAGUCUUGCUUCACUCGGCCUGUGCCAGAGUACUCGUGGAGACCCUAACACAGUAGGGACAGAUGCCCGGUGUUUCUAAGGAAAGGGGUGUAUUUCCAAUAAAAUGCACCUACUGUAUUCCAAAGUACACUAUUAUCGUGCUUAUAUCCAAUUAAUUUCAAGCAUGCUGUCCUGGGUACACAACUCCACUAUCUGGGCUGUCUGUCCAGGACAGUGGGUUAAUUGUUAGUGGUUAGUGAGAGAAAAGAGGGUGUAGUGGCCUCACACCUACCCAUUGAGUCGACAAAACUUGCUCUGGGUGGGAGCCAGUACAUAUUAGCCUUGUGUCCGAUAGCUUGACCACGACACCACCGAGGACGGUAAUAUGCAUAAUGUAUAGGCAAGCUUUUAACACAAGUGACCAGCCCAGUAAACCUACACCAGACAACAUACACGUGGAAAAAAAACGGCUUUAAUUUUCAAGAAGACUUUUUACCCAUAGGCAUAGAGGCUCCCAUUUCUGUACAACCACAUUUAUUCAUAUUAGCAUAACUUCCAAACAGCUAUAUAGCAUUGCAAACGAAUCAGUAAGCAUUUUGCAUGGUUUAUAACUAAUUUUGAGAGUAGAAUGAUAGAAUUCCAUAGUAAGAAGGUCUCAGAUUAGCACAUUAAAUUUUUGCCUAAAUAUUUGUAUAAUUUUUUUGCCUGAAUUUGAUAUUUUGAUUUUGCUCCAGCACUAGAGUUUGGGGGUGGGGGUGGGUGGGCAACGUUAUAUAGCUGUUUGGUAGUAAUGCUAAUAUGAAUACAUUUUAACGUUUUCGUUUAAUUCUGGCGAAAGCCACCCCUGUCUUGUACGCUUAUGUUUCUACCAAGUGUCAUCUCUGAAGAACAGGACUGAUUGCCCAUUGCCAAAUUAGCCAAUUGCUUUUUUUAUUAUGCAAAUUGGCUACUAUAUUUAGUAUUUGCUAAUAAAAAAUGUUUGAAUUAGCCAGUUUUUAAUCAUUUUCAAACAGAUACCCUAUAUAUUGAAAAAUUGGCUAAAACAAAAAGUUAAAGUUUGUUUUGUUUAAUGACACCAUUAGAGCACAUUAAUUUAUUAAUCAUCAACUAUUGGACAUCAAACAUUGGUAAUUCUGACAUAGUCUUACAGAGGAUAUCUGUUGCAUUUUUCUCUAAGAUUAGUAGCAAGGGAUCUAUUACAUGCACCAUCCCACAGACAGGAUAGCACAUACCAUAGCCUUUGAUAUACCAGUCAUGGUGCACUGGCUGAACAAGAUAUAGCUCAAUGGGCAACUUCUAUAAUGUUUGCCAGGAAUACAAAUGCUUAGUUACUGAUGACCUUGUUGCUCAAGCGUAUUAUGUGUGUGUUUUUGUUUCUCUCCAAGUAAGAUUAAGGAAAAGAGUGGCAGGGUAGCAUAUACUAUGUAUAGCAUUUUCUGUUACCAGUUGUAAAUGGAGCAGUCAUUGGAAUGGGAGAAAAAAAUCUCAAUAGUCAACAGAGGCGAAUUGAUAUUUCAACAGCAUGAAUCUUAUUCUUAAUGUGUUUAUUGUUGAGACAGAUGACAGUCACAAGCUAUUAUAAUAAAAUGUCAUUAUUAUGCAUGUACAUUAAAACAACUCAUGCAGUCACCUUCAUUCUAUGCCAAAUCAUCUAACUCCAUACAUUUCAGUCAUCUGAUAUCAAGCAGCCGUGUGUACCCUUGUUUCCUUGGGUUGCUGCUUAAAAUGAAAUUUGAAUCAUAUACAGAUAUUUCGUAUUUGUAAUUUACCACAAUUACCUGCCAUAGACGGGCUGCAUGUUAAUAUUUCGAACCAUGAUGCUGUGUGUACAUUUUGUUUUGUACAUGUGUAUAAAUUAAACUACUGUGUUUUUGG